CGCCUCUUCGUGGCGCUGGGGAGACAAUUCCCGGAUGUCUUCGUCAAUACAGACUCCGGUUGAAGCUGAGCAAGCCGCCAUCAUCAAAAUCAGUCGCUCGACAACCUGUCCGGUCUAUCAAACUCCGACCUUCGGUCAUCGCGACAUUCAGUCACUGCUCCGAUCUUUCACUCGAUCGUCGACUGCUCAAUCAAACUCUCAAAACUGCUCAAUCAACUGCUCAAUCAAACUUUCGAACACUGCUCCGAGACUGCUCAAUGGACUGCUCAUCCAUCUGCUCAAAUUGCUCUCUCAAACCGCUCUCGCAAUCUACACAGUGGUCUGCUCAACAAUCUGUUCAAGCUGCUGCUCGCUCUGUUUUCGCUCUGCUGCUCUCUCAAACUGCACACUCAAACUGCUCAAUGGUCUGGUCAUCCAUUUGCUGGUCGCUCCUCUAGUCUCACUUCUGGUCAUUCUUCUGGUCGCUUCUCUGUGGUUCAACUCAAUGGACUGGUCAUCCAUCUGCUCGUUCAACUAAAAUUCCUUCAUGGUCUUGUCGCUCUUCUGGUUGCUCUUCUGGUCGCCCAUCCGGUCGCUACUCUGAUGGUUCAUUUCAAAGGAUUGAUCAUCCACAUUGUCAUUCUGCUGCUUACUUAAGCAGCUCGCUCAACUCAAACUUCUCAAUGGACUGGUCAUCCAUGCCGUCGUUCAUCUCAAGCUACUCGCUUAAUACAAGCUCCUCGCUCAAUG